GUAGUUUUCAUCUUUUGACCCAAAUCUCAUUAACCCAAUGACCCAAUUCUCAUUCAUUUUCUGUUACCACGCAUUUGGGUCAGUCUGCUAAUCAGGUUUCUUUUUAAGAACUGUGAAAUGAACAGUCAGAUGUGGAGAAAAUGGACUGAAUAUUGUAUAUUUCAAUAUCCUGGACCGUUCAGGAUCCCAGAUGAGACAAACUGGACUGAGUGGAGGCUGAAGGUUGUGUGUUCAUUGUGUUUAAAGCUCAGACUGAGAGCUGGACGACUUUAAAAGGACGUUAUUUUCAUAAAAGAAUAAAAUUUCUGGAGGAUUUCUCUGUCGUCCUACAGAUUUUAUUCAUUUCUGAAUUUUUCCAGGUGAUGUUUGUGUCUUCUUGGACCUUUUACCAGGUCUGUAUCAGUGACUGGUUGUAAAUAUUUAAAGGCAGAGCAGCGUCAGUGUCUGGUUGCAGUGAAGUCUGUGCACUAACAAUGGCCCAGCGUUCGCCUUCAGCCGGGCUCCGCUGCCAGGCCUUCGCCUUCCCCUGCCUGGUCAUCUGCUACGUCCACUUUGUUCUCCUGGGGGGGCUGGUGUUCACGGCCGUGGAGAUGCCGGCGGAGGAGCGGCUGCGGGUGGAGGUGGAGGAUCUGCGGCGCUCCUUCCUGCAGGAGAACCCCUGCGUACGGGAGAACAGGCUGGACGAGCUGCUGGGGAAAGCUCUGAGCGCCCACCGCAACGACGUGGCCGUUCUGAAAGCUGAGGCCGAGGAGAGACACUAUGACUUCACCUCAUCGCUCUACUUUGUGAUCGUCACUCUGACCACCAUGGGUUCAGACUCUUACUCUCCUCAGUCGGACCAGGCUAAGUUCUUCUGCAUCCUCUACUGCACCCUUGGGAUCCCCCUCACCCUGUUCCUCCUCCACCUCCUCUCAGACGUCCUCCUCCCUGUCAUCACCGACGGCCCCAUCCGUCGCCUCCACACCUUCUGGGGUCUGUCCCACACCAGGGCCGCCCCGGUCCACGCCGGCCUUCUGUCACUGCUCCUCUUUGGCCUCCUCCUCCUCCUCCCCGCCCUCCUGGUCUCUGCUGUGGAGCCGGACUGGACCUUCCUAGAUGCUGUCUUCUUCUGCUUUGUCAUCCUGAGCACAGUGGGUCAGGGAGGGUACGCUCUGGGGAGAAACUGGGACCCCACCGCCAAGGAGACACUUGAACUCCUCAUCACAUGUUACCUGCUGGUGGGUUUAGUCCUGAUCCUCACCUUCAAACAGACGGUGGUGCGCCUCCCUCAGGUCCGAGCUGUGAUGCGGCUCUUCUCCGGUUCACAUUACGCAGAGCUGGAGGGCUUCCGCCUCAGUGAACUGACUCUGAGUGGAGAAAGUUUUGAGGAGGAUCUCCAGUACUCCUCGUCCAUCUGCACCAUCUCCUCUGCUCCUCUAGAGAUGAUGGAGUCCAGGUCAGAGGAUCAGGGAGAGAAACCACACCACUGUACUUCACAGCUUCAGUAACAGAUGAAUGUAACCUGUCCCUGCUCUAAUACUGAGGUCUGUGUUCCAAGAGGAGGAUGCAGGUGCACGGAGAGGUGACAUGUGCUUAUUUGCAGCCUGAUCACAAUCCAGGGUACCAGAAAGGGUGCAAAUAUAGAUAAAAAAUAAUAAUGCUUUAUCAAAAAAUCAGACAGGCCAUUUUAUUUGUCUGAUAUUUCUCUUUUAA